AUGGUCGUGCUCGGCCUCGCUCUCGGCGUGCUCGCGUGGAAGCUCGAGCGUCCGUUCUUGGUGUUUGCGUCGAGCGUCGUGGGUGCGAUCGCGACGGUGUGGGGCAUCGGCUUCUUUGCGGGCGGGUACCCGAACGCGGGCAACCUCCAGGCGACCGUCUCGGCGGGUGGCGACUGGGUCUACGACAUUCCGAGCUCGUGGUGGUACUACCUCGCGGCCACGAUCGUGCUCUGCGGCCUCGGCAUCUUUGUGCAGUUUCGAGAGCUGACGCAGCACAAGCGGCGCGAGGCCCAGCAGGCGACGUAUGCGAUCCCCGAGACGCCCAAGCAGGGCGACCCGAUCCGCCACGUCUAA